UGGCAUGUUUACAAUAAUAUUGUGUGUAAACCCUGGUUUGUUAAUGCUAUAUAUUGGCUUAUAUGUAACUUUUCGGUCGACCUGGUCAAAUCUGCAUAGACAUUUUAGUUUUAGAUAAAUCAUUCUACUUGAAAACAAGUCUAAGAAGCGGUAAAGCUGUUCUAUGUUCAGUAUUUCUAUGCUACCGUUAAGUUUUGUUUUUGCUCUUUUACCUUUGUACACCAGCUUCAAACAGCUAAAACAACAAUGUUUUUGGUUAUGGAAACUAUAUUUCACAGCGGUUUAACUGGUACAAUGAUUAUCUACACUAUACUAGUUUAUGUAGUGUUGUCCAAUAUUUUUUAUAAAAUAUAUUUUCAUUCCGUCCCCGCAGGAGGCUGUUUUUGCCUUUUGGUAACCAUCAUUGUAAAUAAAAACGUGUUAUCUAUAUCUUGCAACAGUUUGACUCACAUUUUCACACGGGGGUUUCAAAUGGUCAAUAGUUCAAAUGCUUAUUGUAAUCUGUUUCUUUUUCCCAGUCUCAUUUUACUUGAUUGAAACUAAUGUGAAAGAACUGAUAGAGUGACUCCAUACAGAUUUGCCCAACAGUUUGAGUCAAACUCUUCGAUCCGAUGGGUGUAUUGAAUGCUCUUCGACGGGGCCUUGUGAGAGGAGCUGAUCGUAUGGCUGAAUUCACCAGCAAACGUGGCUCAAGGACUCACUACAAAGGCAGAGGGGCACAGCCAACAGGAGUACUAACCUCCAGCAGAAAAUUUGUUCCAAUACAGGCAAUGAUCCCCCAGUUUGUGGUUCCUGACUUGGAGGGAUUCAGACUCAACCCCUAUGUGUCGUACCGCACCCCGGUUGGAACGGAGCCCGCUGUCACCCCUGAGGGUCUGUUCUACGAGGCUCUGGCCCAGCAGAUCCAGAAAGACUUUGAGGAAGGCUCAUUUGAUAAGGAACAGCUUGAGAAAUAUGGAUUUGAGCCCACGCAGGAGGGAAAGUUAUUCAAACUAUACCCAAAGAACUUUAUACAAUAAGGCGGCCACCCAAUCUGAUCUAUCUGGAACUCUGACUUAGUAUCAAGGAUCGUUAACUAAUUUUGUUUGUGUUGGGAGGUCAAGUAGUUGCUAACCAUUUGAGACCGCUGAGCUGAUCAUAUGUUACUGGACCGUGGUGUAUUGUGAAUGUGCUUGCUGAAAGUACUAGUAUGUGGUAUUCUAAUUAAAAACAAAUGUAUUGUA